UGUUGGACUUGUGACCCACAUACGAUAUUCGAACUCCGAUUCAUAUAUCACUUUCUCAGGUCACUCCGUUUCAAUUACAGGCAACUCCUCGCCGGAAAAACAAACUCUUCGACAAUCCAUGGCCACUUCCGGCGCCGGUGCCGCCUUUUCCUCGUCUUCUUUCGAUAUCCGUGGUGAUUCUUCGGCUAGACUAUCCGGUUUUGAAUUUUUAUUUUCUACUACUCGUCAACUCUCUCCGUUCAAGUUGUCUUCACUUCACCUCGCUUUCUCUCCGCGUGGAUCAUCUCAUUUUGUUAGAAAGAACAUUUUUCAAGCUUCAAUUGAUGGUGUGGACUCACUGGGUAUAAGCUCCUUGGAUGCUGAUAAUAUUCCUACCCCAAUUGUUUUAAUUGAUCAAGAUUCAGAUCCAUCUGCAACUAUUGUACAAGUUAGCUUUGGUGAUCGUCUUGGUGCUCUCAUUGAUACGAUGAAGGCACUGAAACAUCUAGGCUUGGAUGUAGCAAAAGGCACUGUCACAACUGAAGGAUCAGUCACACAAACAGAAUUUUUUAUUACUCGAUUAUCAACUGGGCGUAAAGUUGAAGAUCCAGAUCUCCUGGAGAGAAUCAGAUUGACCAUCAUAAACAAUCUCUUGAAGUACCAUCCAGAGUCUAGCUCGCGACUUGCAAUGGGGGAGGCUUUUGGCAUACAAGCUCCUGUCAAGAAGCUUGAUGUUGAUAUUGCAACUCAUAUACAUGUUAAGGAUGACAGUCCAAAAAGGAGCUUGCUCUGCAUAGAGACCGAAGAUAGACCUGGAUUGCUCUUGGAAGUUGUGAAGAUAAUGGCUGAUGUCAACAUUACUGUUGAAUCAGCAGAAAUUGAUACCGAGGGGUUGGUUGCGAAAGAUAAAUUUCAUGUUAGCUACAGAGGGGCAGCUUUAAACAGUUCUUUGUCUCAGGUGUUGAUAAAUUGCCUACGCUAUUACCUGAGGAAGUCGGAAACGGGUGAAGAUAGUUACUAGGGAAGCAGUACUUCCAAUUCUAAACGUCUUGCAUAUGCACAAGACUUGUAUAAUUCACCUGUUCAACUUGUUAAUUGCCUGAAAUAUAACCACGUUUCAUAACGAAUAUAACCUGAACUCUUUUGUGUAGUUCAUCGGAACCGAUUACACUCGUUUAUGUCUCGAGAGUCAAAUAUUUGUCCACCAAAAAA